CCCCUCCCUCAGCCCCUUGUCGUCCUCCCUCACUGCCAUGUCUACAUAAUCGUCCAGUUUUUUGCCCCCCUCGAUCCUCGCUCUCCCCCUCGCCCCUGUCGCAACCCAGACAGUUAGGCGGUCUCUACUCACAAUUAUGGUCGACAAGCAAGCCCGUAAAUCCAAACACGGUACCAUACUCUUCGAGCCUUUCAUAGUUUAUCGCAUACACCGCUAAGACUCCACCGCGUUCGCUCAUACGACUCCUACUUCCCCGUAUAUCCCUGCCCCACCUAACCUGCCUUACAUGUCAUCAGAAUCCCGGAGUUUAGUCUCAUACGCCCGAUCCAAGUUGCACUCGGCCAUUGGAACCAGUUCCAAGGACAAAUGUAGCUUGCAUCGCUGGGUACUUCUCAAAAACUCGAUUAUUCGCUCUCAGCCCACUACUGUCCCAUCUUGCAGCAGCAGCACGGCCGAUGUAAAUCAUGUGUAUCCUACUAAUGCAGUAGACGAAGAGGCUGGGGACGAGGAAGUGUGUGCAGAAGAGGAACAUGAUUCGUUCAUGUUUCCCGACGCUGGCCAGCUGGCCAAUCAUCCGAGUAACUCGGCCGUGAACGAUUCAGAAUCCCAGUGGCUGGACUCCCUCCUCGAGACGCUUGGCGAUGAGGACGAUUGCGAGUACGACUCGGACGUUCAUGUGUCGCUUGUUCCCGUGGACGAUGAUGACGACUCAGCCUUCACCCCUUCGACGUCACCCAUGUCAUCCUCCGAGGACCUCACCAGUCAUCCAGUGUAUUAUGACCCACCCAUCCCUAUGCCAUAUCCCAUCGUCUAUCCCCCAUAUCACUCUCACCUCAUUUCGGCUUUUGAAUACGUUCCCCUCAACUCCCCCCUCGAUUCCAGCUACCCUCCUCUCAACGUUGCGCUCCCGUACUGCGACACAGACGACAUAGAUGACCUGCCUGUUCCAGACGCCAUUGAGGAUGAGUCUGACGACGAAUCUGACGCGCUUUCUACGCCGUCUACCUCUCGCUCAAUGUCUGCUUUUGUUGAUCCAUCCACUCCACAUUCUCGCCAGCAGCAGUCUCUUCCCCAGGUAUACGUUGACACGGACGAUUCAUAUUUCUCUCCCUUCGAACUCGAUCCGCUCCCCUUUCCCGAUGACCGUCGUACAUCGCCACUUGUGUUUAAUAAUGUCUAUCAUCAAGAGUGCUAGUCUUCGCUCUAUUGCCCGGUUGUCGUUAUCGUCUUUUUCUCACUGCAUAUCAUCUUUGCGUUAUUUGCCUGCACAUAUCCGUAGUCUUUCAACUUUUUCCAGGGAAUAUAGUUAUGUGCAUUCUUCGG